AAGAAGAAGAAGAAGAAUCUGAACCACCGUGGUUUCGUUUUGAAGAUAAAGCAAAUAGGAACAGCUGAAUCAAGGUGGGCAGCUGCCGAAACCUCCAGAUUUGGCUCCCAAAAGUUGCAGGGCAACAUUCUCAAUCUCAUUUCCCACUUUAAUCCUAUCUAUCGCUUUCCUUUCUUCCAUUUUCGCAACCCAUUUCCUUUUCUUCUCCCUCUUUUACUGUUCCCCCAAACCUCUCUUUCAAUCCAAGUUUGAGCGCUUAACUUAAGGGUUCUUCAUUUUCAAAACUUACUCUCUUUUUCUCUAGUUUUUGCGAGUAAUGAAGUCUUCGCUCUUCUGGGUUUCAUCUCACUUGAUUAGUGUACUAAUUGAGUUUGAGAAUCGACCCAUUUUCUCGUAAUAUUGGAGAUUAGUAGAUUACUGUGUUAGUAGGAUCUGGGAGUGGGAGAAUGCAGAGCUAUUUCACUGAUAGGAACUACCACUACAUCUCCUAUUUACCCGAUUUCCUUCUGCUGUUUCCGCCUUCUUCAUCAUUUUGUUUUGGGUUUCUUUCGUUUCUUUGGGCAAUGCGGGUUCAUUGAGCUAUCUGGGUUUUGUUCUUCUUUGGGAAAACUAAGAGAGAAUGGGACAUUUUGCUUCUGUUCACAUUUUCUGUCUGAUCUCUGCAGUUCUGAUUGUGACUAGUGAUUCGUUUGCAUCGAAUGAAGCGUCGGCUCUUAAAACCUUCAAAGAACAAAUAUAUGAAGACCCAAAACGAAUUUUUGUAAGUUGGAAUUUACAAGCUGAAAAUCCUUGUAACUGGUCUGGCAUUGCCUGUUCUCCGGAUGGAGGCCAUGUUAUAAAGCUUGACAUUUCUGGGGCGUUGCUGAAAGGAUCUCUUGCACCAAGCUUGGGUCAACUCAGCUUCCUGCAAGAACUGUAUCUUCAUGGCAACAAUCUGUUGGGUACAAUACCAAAGGAGCUGGGGUUAUUAAAGAAACUUAAGGUUCUUGAUUUGGGGACGAAUCAACUCUCUGGCCCGAUCCCUUCAGAGAUUGGGAGUUUAACAGAUAUCCUGAAAAUCAACUUGGGAUCAAACGGAUUGACUGGGAGGAUACCCCCUGAGCUGGGAAAAUUGAGAUACCUCAGAGAACUUAGGUUGGAUAGGAACAAACUUCAAGGACCCAUUCCUGAUGGCGACAAUUCAGCGUAUACGUCCAAUAUGCAUAGAAUGUAUGCUUCAAAUCCAACUGGCUUCUGUCACUCAACUGAGCUUAAGUUCGCAGAUUUUUCAUACAAUUUCUUCGUUGGGAAAAUACCCAAGUGCUUGGAUUAUCUUCCAAGGUCAAGUUUUCGAGGAAAUUGCCUUCAAUACAAUGAUCCUAAACAGCGAACUGCAGCUCAGUGUGGUGGUGUUGCUCCAUCUGCUAGAUCACACUCAGGAGGCAACUCAAAGCACAUACCCGUUCAGCAUGAUUCCAAGCACCAAAAGACUUCAAAACCUUCUUGGCUUCUAACCCUCAAAAUCAUCACUGGAGUCACGACAGGUUCUCUAUUUAUAGUCGCUUUGAUCACUUCUCUUCGAAAAUGCAACGGAAAAUCCUCGAUCAUCAUCCCAUGGAAGAAAUCCUCAAGUGGGAAGGAUCAUGUUACUCUUUACAUUGACACUGAGAUGCUGAAAGAUGUGCCAAGCAUCAGCAGGCAAGAUCUUGAAGUAGCCUGUGAAGAUUUCAGUAAUAUUAUUGGCUCCUCACCAGACAGUUUGGUAUACAAAGGCACCAUGAAAGGUGGACCUGAGAUUGCUGUUAUCUCAAUAUGCAUUAAAGAAGAGAACUGGACCGACUAUCUCGAGCUCUAUUUUCAGCGAGAGGUGGCAGAUCUAGCCAGGCUAAAUCAUGAGAAUGUAGGAAGGUUGCUAGGCUAUUGUAAAGAAAGCAGUCCAUUUACAAGGAUGCUGGUUUUUGAGUAUGCAUCAAAUGGAACAUUGUAUGAACACCUUCAUUAUGGAGAAGGUUGUUUAUCCUGGACACGACGAAUGAAUAUUAUUUUAGGCAUCGCUCGUGGACUGAAGUACCUUCAUAGUGAACUUCAACCACCAUUUACUAUAUCAGAGUUGAAUUCUGGUGCUGUAUAUCUUACAGAUGAUUUUUCACCCAAGCUGGUUGACUUUGAAAGCUGGAAGACCAUUCUUUCAAGGUCCGAAAAGAACUCGGGAUCCAUUGGAAACCAAGUCAGUCAAUGUAUUCUCCCAAAUUCUCUUGAACCACGUCAUCUCGACAUCGAAAGUAACAUCUACGCAUUCGGUAUUCUUUUACUGGAAGUAGUCAGUGGGAGACCUCCAUACUGUAAGGACAAAGAAUGCUUGGUGGACUGGGCCAAGGAAUUCCUCGGAUCGCCCGACGCAAUGUCUUGCUUAGUAGACCCCGAAGUGAAGCAUUUUGCUGAUGAAGAUCUGAGGGCGAUAUGUGAGGUGGUAAAUCUUUGCAUUCAUCCACAACCUGCGAUGCUGGUUUGUAUGAAGGACUUGUGCAACAUGUUAGAGACCAGAAUUGACACCUCGGUCUCUGUUGAGUUGAAGGCAUCUUCACUUGCUUGGGCUGAACUUGCACUUUCUUCAUAGAUGAGGUUCAAGCUAACACAUAGAUGAUCAGAUAUAUAAAUAUAUAUAUAUAUACACACAGAAAUGUAAUACUUUUUCUUUUUUAGUUUGAGUUUCUUUCUCUGUUAUUGUAAAUGCUAUGAGUAUCAGAGCAGAUGAGGUUCGGGCAUAAAUGCAUCAGAUUAUUCAGGAAGGAAGCCCCUAAUCUUGAAAUAGUUAUUGAAGCAUCAAGGAGGUUUCAUGAACAUGUUCGUCUAUGACUAAAAAUACAUAUUUCUCUUAUAUAUA